AUGAUUACAAGGCAAGGCUGGUAUGAGCUACACAUUGAUAUUGUAUCUCCCGAAAAUGAAGUGGCACAUGCGCUAUAUAAUGUUUUCUAUGUCGGUGAUGCCCAGACACAAUAUGAACUGCUUGUUGAUGAAUAUAGUGGGACAGCCGGGGAUAGUUUGGGGUCACACAAUGGACAAAAAUUUACAACUAAAGAUAGAGAUAACGACCCAUACGAAAGUAAUUGUGCAGUGCAAUUUAUAGGUGCAUGGUGGUAUGAAAAAGGCCAUUCUUCAAAUCUUAAUGGCGACUAUGGUAACACUCAAUAUGCGAAAGGUUAUACUUCAAAUUUUGUCAUGAGCCGUCAAGUCGGGGUUAAAAGGCGAGCGUAUGAUCAAAGUAUGGUCGAUCAAGCUGCUGAGGUUGUUAGAAGCGGCAGUAUGUCUCUCUGCGGGGCAUCUAAACUCUACAAAAUCCCAAAGACGACACUACACGACCGUGUAAAAAACAAGUAUGCCAGCUCGAAGAUUGGCGUGAAAACGGUGCUUUCACUUGAAGAGGAAACACGGCUUGAAAAAUGGGCUCUACAUAUGUCUCGGAUCGGCAAUGAAAGAACCAGGAAAGAGCUUGCAGAUGUCAACAGUUGUAAAAAGAAUCAUUGA